CCUGACUGUAGCUACCCAUCCUAUGGUUGUGGAAAUAAGACCCUGUAAACUACUACUGAAAGAUAGAUUGGUUGUUUGAGCCAGAUAUAAAAAUAAACUACUUAAAUUUCUGUUUUAAUUUUGAUACUACACACCUAUCAGAGUGACAAAAGAAAAAAGGUUUUAGUGCACUUGAAAGCCAAGAAUUAACAAUAGCAGUAAAUCAGAAAAUAGUCAUUCUUACAAGUCUUGGUUAAGGGAACAAUUUGAAGCUGGUGCAUUAAUAAUAUAAUGCAGACAUCAUUAUUGAAAUGGCAGUUAGUACUUACCUCUUCUUCUACAUUAGAGACGUAGCUGGAGGAGGACUUCUUACAAAUUCCAGCAGGUUCAUAAAGGCUAAGAUGGUCUUUCAGGUAGCAGGUCCCAACUGCAUAACACUUUAAAUACAAGAUAUCUUUUGAGCUCACAUGACAGAUUCUUAUUUCUACAUAAGAUGAAGCCACUGUAAAGAUUUAUGGAUAGAGAGCAUUCUUUCAAGCAUAGAUGACCUACGUUAUUGCUUAAAUGUGGAGAGACUUCAAGAAUGACUGUACUUUGGAUUUUAAUUUGACCCAGCAAGAAGUCUAACAGAGCAAGCUGAUGUGUACAAACAGAUCUUCAAUGAAAUAUUGGUUAACUUUAACUUUGAAAAAUAUAGUAUAUUUUGAGGUGGGUCUCUUAUGCUUUUAUUUUUUAGUUUGUCAGAAUUAGAAACUGAUUUUAAAGUUUUCAAAGAGACGAUAUUGGAAAUCCUAGAUGACAAAGAAGUCAUGGAAGAGCUGUGUCUGACUAAAUGGACAGACCCAGAAGUAUUUGAGGCAAGUCUCUCUGGAAUUGACCAUGUGGAGGAGAUGGAACUGCUGUUGGAAAAUUACUACAGGCAGGCAGAAGAUCUUCUUAAUGAAACCCGGGAACUUAAAAUACUGAUUGAUGAUUCCGAAAGUAUCAUCUUUAUCAACUUAGACAGCCACCGUAAUGUUAUGAUGAGGUUGAACUUGCAGCUGACCAUGGGUACGUUUUCAAUCUCACUUUUUGGAUUGAUAGGAGUAGCAUUUGGUAUGAAUUUGGAAUCAUCAUUUGAAGAGAACCAUGGAAUGUUUUGGCUGGUGACAGGAAUUAUGUUCCUAGGCAGUGGCUUAAUUUGGCGGCGCCUGCUUACAUUUCUUGGGCGGCAUUUAGAACCUUCACUACUUCCACCAAUCCCUGCUUUGCUGAAAAAAACACAGUCAGCAAAUGGGAAAGUAGAGUUUAAGAAUGUUUUUAAAACAGAAUCCUUUGAGUCAAGCAGAAGUACGAUGACCAGCCAAUGACAUGAAUACUCCAGAAUAAUGGAAUUUGAGACUAUAAUCCUGGAUUUCCUUUUUUUUAAAAUAUCAGCAGCCUUUAUCAUUUGACAGUGGUAUACACCAAAAAUACGAAGUUAGAAAUCUUCAGUUAUGGAGAGAAGACCUCAGAGUUUUGUAUACAACAGUAGAAAAUUUAAAUCAUGUAGAUGUUAACAAGCACGCACCCCUUUUUUUCAAACUAAUGCCUCCUGUGGCAAUUCUGAUGAAGUUUAAUCUUUUGCCAAUGUAAGAAAACUCUGUCACCCUAAUAAUUAGUUUCACUUGUAUUCUUUCACAGGCAUAGUUCAUAAAAGGUAAAAGUGUUGUCUAAAUUAUUUCUGAAGUGAGAUAUAUUUAUGUAAAAAUAGUGUUAUCUUUGAUAGCAAAUUCUUUCUUGAAAAUGAUAUAAUUUACUAAAAUGUUAAUUUAAUGUUCCAUUGUCCACACAUACUACUUUAUGAAGACUCUGUCCAGUGAACAGUUUUAACUCAAAGGAAUAUUUCUUUCAGAGUAUCAUCUUUUAUCUUAUUUCUAACUGUUCAGUUACUGGACUCUGACAGGUAAAAAGCUUAUUUUACUCAGUUUUAUAUUCCUGUCAUAAUUGCCACAAACAAGUAGAGUUACUAGUACUGUUUUAGGAGAAACUCUUCCUCAAAUAGGCUUAUGCUUCAGCAUAAGCCUUCCAAACAGCUCUUCUGUGUUCUGAUCUCACUGCAGCAUCAGUCUCAUUAUGACUACUGUAAUAUGAAGUCAUUCAGAGUGGUUGGAGAAUGCUACUCAGUCAGAAGUAAUCUUAUUGCUUGCACUGCACCAAAUGCAAAUGAAUAAUUCAGCCAUUGCCUGGAUCAUUUAAAUUAAGAUGGUACUUUAAUUAAUUAUUAACCUAAAUAGUAUCAAGAAAAUCUGAUUCACAGAAGGCAAAAUUGAGAAUGUGUUGGUUUGGAGUGUAAGAAGCUGCAUUAUCAUCAGCUUGAGUUCUGCACUUAUUGUCCAUAGUGACCAACAACAGCUGUUCUGAAUUUUGAGUAGAGUUUUCUUCUAUCCUCAUCUGUUACUUGAUCCUUUUAACUAGAGGUGCUAGGGAUCAAAUCUAGGCUUUUCUGUCCAUGGGCUAUAGAAAUUACUUAACAGAGUAGUUGGCAUAUUGAGCCAGUUUCUGAAAUUUACUGAAUUUAUCAAAUAUAGGUUCUCUAAUAUUAUAAAAGACCAUGCAUAGAGAAUGUAUGUGGACUCCUAUUACCGGACAAUUAAUUUGAACUGCAAAUACACUAGGUCUGUUCUGAAAAGAAAAUAUUUUAAUACCUCCUAGAGUCUCCAUGUCGUCAUAUCAACAUGGCCAUAAAUCAUGUCUAGGGGCCACCCUUCAACAAGUGGGCAGGAUGGCAAACCUAAGUUCAAUGCAGCAUAAGUCAAAUAAGUUACCAAUAAUAAAAAUACUGAGGUCUCUAAUAAUUUUCAUCUUUUAGCUUGAGACCAUGUCUCUUAAACGUCACAUAUAGAUUUGGAGCCUCAGCUCAUGUUCUUUAUUAUAAUAAUAGAAAUAUUUAAU